CGCAGAUUUUGUUUUUAGUUAUUCGCCGAUAAUUGAUGUCAAAGGACGCGUUGCGACCGGUAUCUUACGGCGCGUAUAAUUAACAAGGAUACUAAGUAGGAGUAUUCGAUAGAGAAUUUAUAAUUUCCAAGUGCAUGAGAGUGUUAUAUAUAUAUGUGUGUGUGUGUGCGUGCUUACAUAUGUGUGUAUAUGUCUGAGUUUAUGUUUAUUAAAAAGGUUGUGAUACUAGAUUAAUUUGCAAAAAAAAGUAUAAUAAUGCCAAAAGAAGAUCCUUUUGUAAAUCGAGCCCAAUUGCUCAAAGCAAUUAAAAAAUAUCCUGAAAUCUGGGAUUCAAACAAUAAACUGCACAUGUGCCGUAGUGUUACGGCUCCCAUGUGGAAUGAAAUAGCCGAUCAAUUUGGAGGUCAUGUUCCCACCGUAAAGCUUCAAUCGAUUUGGAGUCAAAUGAAAUACCAUUAUCACAAUUUGGUGCAUAGACAAAUUUUGCACAAGGAACGUUUUACUACCAAAUGGGAACACUUCGAACCCAUGUCUUUUAUGUACAACAUUACCGUGGCCAAAAUAGUGGGUGCUUCCGGCACCAGCACAACCGAUCCAGCGGAAAUUCCUGAGAGUUUACCUUCACCACCGCCGCUGCCACAAUCCCAAGGACGUGGCAGACCUAGUGGCAGUUUUACCUGGUUGCCACCGGUUGCACCUCAAGCUGAAGUUAGUGUAGAAACUACACCCUUUACUGGAUUUACCGGGUUAGUUCCACCAGCAGCCGUAACUGUUGAAACUACUACAACACCCCUAAGAAAACCUGGACGUCCUGGUUCGCUCAACAAUAGCAUGAGGGGACGUAUAAUCGAUGCCAUUAAAGCUCGUCCCAUAUUAUGGGCUGGUCGUCAAAAAGAAGUUAAACAGGGACAAAAUCGUACUUCUGCUGUUUGGAAAGAAGUGGCGGUUGAAUUGGGUUUAACUCCAAGUUUAGUGCAGACACGUUGGUCGAUUAUCAAGCAACGUUUUGUUGAUGAGCUGCAAAAGGAACGUCAUGCCCGCUAUUCUCAAGAGGCUUUCCACUCUACGUGGGAGCAUUUCGAACGCAUGUCUUUUAUGCGUGAUAUAUUGGCUAAAAAAGUUGAUGAACGAGAACAAACUCGUGAACAUAUACAGGAAAUUGUUAGUGAAAAACAACAAUUGCUAAAUCACCAUCAUCAGCAACAACAGCAGCAGCAUCACCAACAUCAAAUACACAGUCCUCAACAACAGUCGCCACAGCAGAUACGUUAUAUACGUUCUACUACAUCAGGUGGUGUUAAUGCAACAACUGCUGCACUGGCUUCACCACAAACUCACCAUCAGCCAGCACAACAGCAGCACCAUCACCAUCUACAACAUCCACAAUUGAGCAUGUGUGAUGAGAAUGGCGAACUAACCGUACACAACACACAUGCCAACGGUGGCUUAGUGGGCCUUUUGCCAGGUCAUGCAAUUGUAACUAGUGCACGUAGACGAGUUAAGAAUGAAACCGAUUUAGAAUGGGAUCCCUUCGAGAUGAUCCUUCACGUACAGGCCGGUUCUGAGGCAGCUAACAAUUGAAUUGAUGCCAGUGCUGUUGUUAGUUUAUUUUUUAUUAAAAUAAUAAAAAACGAAGAAACUACUAGACGUGACCGUGGAAGACUGAUUAUAUAGAUUACACUUACACCACACACAAAAACUUAUUAUCAUUUAAUCAAAAAGUUUGUGCAUAAAAAAACUCAUAUACAUAUGUACAUUGAUACUCACGAUUUUCAUAAACUUUUUUUAUAUAACUUGUUUCGUUUAACAUGCAGUCACUUACUUAAUCUGGCGCACACUUACUAUACAAACUCAUAAUACUCAUACGUACAUAUGUAGAUAAAUAUUUAUACAUUUGAAUGUUUAUAAACAUACGUACAUUUAUAUCCACGUAUGUAGAAAUAAAUGUUUAUAUUCAAACACAUACACGUAUAUAUAUCAUUUGCAUUUAAGUUUUAUUUACACUCCCAUCUCUGUACCAAUGGGCAAAUUUGUGCAAACUAUAUACAAACAAAUGUAUCUGUUUGUAUACCAUGUGAAUGUGUGUAUGUGUUUGAAUGUGUAUUCAAAAUAAUGAUUAUUGAACAAGAACUAAACUGAAUUGUGUUGUGUGUGUGUGUGUGUAUUUUGCUUAUUUUUAUUCGCAACAAACAUUUAUUAUGACUUUCUUGUUCUGUUGUUUUCUUUUUUUCUUCUUAUACUUUUUUCUUUUUCUCAAAUGUAUAUUUUUUGUUGUUUCUUUUUCUGUCUUGUACAUUGUAUGUAUGUAUGUGGUUUUUUAUCUUAAAGAUACGAUAUAUUAUUUAGUAUGCAGCAGACGUACGAUAUUUUCAAUGUGAAUGUAAACAUUAAGAAUUGAGAUAUAAAAGUGUCAAUAAAUAAAAAAGUAACUCUUUUUUUCUAGAACUUAGGUUCAUUUAUCAUA